UGAUGGAAAUAUCGUCAUUAUGAACGGGGAGGAGGAGAUUCUUUGGUCAUCAAAUGUUUCAACCUCUCAGGUAAACUCAAUUGCCCUUCUCCAAGAUUCUGGGAACUUUGUUCUUGUAGAUCAUCUGAACAAUGGGAGCACAAUAUGGCAGAGUUUUGAACAUCCUUCUGAUUCAAUUGUCCCUAAAAUGAGAUUAAGUGAAAACACAAGGACAGGGAGAGGGUAGAAGUAAAAUCUUGGAGAAGCCCUUGGGAUCCUAAUUUCGGAAACUUUUCUUUAGGAAUGAAUUCUGGAUUCAUUCCUCAGGUGUAUAUCUGGAAAGGUAGUCAUCCCUAUUGGCGAAGUGGUCAAUGGAAUGGCCAGAUCUUUAUCGGAGUGCAGGGUAUGUAUUCUGUGUCGUCUGAUGGAUUCAAUGUAGUGAACGAUCGCGAAGGUACUGUAUACCUUACUGGCCCUGGUGAUUUUGAUUUCUUAACGAAAUUUAUCUUGGAUUGGAAAGGGAACUUGGUUCAAUCAUAUUGGGAUGUGAAUGAGACAAACUGGAAGAUAAUAUGGUCAGCUCCCAAUAACGAUUGUGAAGUUUAUGGAACAUGUGGUCCAUUUGGGAGAUGCAAUCAUUUGAAGUCGCCGAUCUAUUCUUGUCUGAAAGGUUUCGAGCCAAAGCACAGGGAAGAAUGGGAAAAGGGGAAUUGGACUAGUGGUUGUGUUAGGAGGAAAGGUUUGCAAUGUGAAGUAAGGAAUAACUCAGGGGAUUCAAGUAAAGAAGACGGAUUUCUAAAGAUAGGGUCAAUAAAGUUGCCUGAUUUUGCAGAAAGGUCAUCGACUAGAGAAGACCAAUGUAGAAGCCAAUGCUUGGGAAAUUGUUCCUGCAUAGCGUAUGCAUAUGACUCAGGUAUAGGCUGUAUGUCGUGGAGUGAAAUGAUUGACAUUCAGCAGUUCCAAAGCUCGGGGAAAGAUCUCUUUAUUCACGUGGCACAUUCAGAGCUUGUGUUUUCUGCAGAUCAUGGUAAAGACAUAAAGAAAAUCGUAAUUCCAGUAAUCGUUGGCUCUCUUACACUAUGUGUUUGUCUGUUCCUUUGCUAUAUAAUGGUGAUCAGACGUAGAGGAGUGAAAAGCGAGGAGGUAGCUUUACUUGGUAACAAAAGUUCAGUUAAUAUGGAAGAAUUGCCAGUCUUCAGCCUCGAUACGAUUGCAAAUGCAACAUCCCAAUUCAAUGAGGAUAAUAAGCUUGGUCAGGGCGGUUUUGGUCCAGUUUACAAGGGGAAAUUGGAAGAUGGGAAAGAAAUAGCUGUCAAGAGGCUUUCAAAAGCCUCGAAACAAGGGCUAGAGGAGUUCAUGAAUGAAGUGUUGGUGAUCUCGAAAGUCCAACAUAGAAACCUUGUUAGACUCUGUGGAUGUUGUGUUGAUAAAGAGGAGAAGAUGCUGAUUUAUGAAUAUAUGCCAAAGAAAAGCUUAGAUGUGUUUCUCUUUGAUGAAGGACAUCGAGACAUUUUGGAUUGGACAAAACGUUCCAUUAUAAUCGAAGGAGUUGGUCGUGGACUCCUUUAUCUACACAGAGAUUCAAGAUUGAAGAUAAUUCAUAGAGAUCUAAAGCCAAGUAACAUCUUGCUCGAUAAUAACUUCGAUCCAAAGAUCUCAGAUUUUGGCAUGGCUAGGAUUUUCGGAUCUGAUCAAGAUCAAGCAGACACAAUGAGAGUAGUUGGUACUUAUGGAUACAUGGCCCCCGAAUAUGCAAUGGUAGGAAGAUUCUCAGAGAAAUCCGAUGUUUUCAGCUUUGGAGUUCUAGUCUUAGAGAUCAUAAGUGGUCGAAAAAGUACAAGUUCUUGGACUGAAACAUCCUCUUUGAGCCUUUUGGGAUAUGCAUGGAAGUUAUGGAAAGAACAAGAUUUAUCAACUUUUAUCGAUCCGUUUAUAUUGAAUACGAGCUCGGAAAUGGAGAUCAGAAAAUGCAUACAGAUUGGUUUACUAUGUGUUCAAGAAUUUGCUGAAGACAGGCCAAGUAUUUCAUCUGUUCUUGUUAUGCUUACUAGUGAAAGUACAAGUCUUCCAGCACCAUCACAACCUGCUUUUACUGAAAGAAGACACUUCAGAAUGUGCAAUGAAAAUAGAGAAACUAAGUUUACUUUGAACGAAAUGAGUAUAACAAACCUUACUGGUAGAUAACAUGAG